GGACAGUCAAAAUUAUAAUUCUAUUCUAUCUAGGAAUAAUCUCGCGAUUUACCUUUAACUUCUAUCUCUUCUCACAUUCUUUAUUACGAGAUCGACACGCGAUUUCUUGCUGCGUCGAUUUGAACCGGCCAAGUUGUAAAAAUUCCAUCUUUACACUACAACCACCGAGAGAGCAAGUUUGCAGCGAGGCUAGUCCUAACUACGUAUAUUUGCAAGCAAUAUGGCAGCUACUCAAGCCCAGAGCGACUGGGUCGGUAACGUUCUACAUGAACGUAGACAAAUCUCGGUCGAAGGAGUUGAAAUCGAUGUUGCCGUCACGCGUCGCAACGGAAGUGCGGCACCUAUAAUAUUCCUACACGGAUUCGGUGGCAGCAAGGAAGACUACUUGGAUAUCAUUUUACAUGAAUCAUUCAAAGAUCGCGCGUUCCUCGCAUUUGACGCUCCUGGUUGCGGCGCAACAACUAUUGCGGACCUUUCAAGAGUGUCUAUCUCUUUUCUCGUCAAAACUACACAAGCUAUUCUUCAGCAGCUCAGCAUCCAGCACUUUCAUCUAGUAGGCCACUCUAUGGGAGGUCUAACUGCAUUAGAACUAGCGCUCUUACAUCCUGAAUCUGUCCUGAGUUUUGUCAACAUCAAAGGCAAUCUGAAGCCUGAAGACUGUUUCCUAAGCAGACAAAUCUUUACUUCCGCCGACGAAGAUCCGGAAAAGUUCUUAACGAACUUCAUCGAACGAAAUUACCACUCACCUCUCUUCUCUGCACCCUUGUAUGCGUCGAGUGUUAGACAUAAAGUGAGGCCUGAGGCAGUCAGAGGCAUAUUCGAAUCUAUGGUGAAACUUUCUGACAGCGGGACCUUGCUAGAGAAAUUUUUAAAACUACCUUUCCCUCGCGUUUUCAUGUACGGCACGCAGUACAACAGCCUCUCUUACUUGCCAGUACUAAAAGAGAGUAACGUACAGCUCGCUGAGAUACCUUACUGCGGCCAUUUUCCAAUGUACUCAAAUCCUGUCGCAAUGUGGGAGUGCAUCUCCCAAUUCUUGACCCAGAUCGGGAAAUAAGAAGCACUAAGUAUAACGUUUGAUGCAAGUUCCAGACCUUGCUGAAGUUUGAGAAGAUUAUUGAACUGCCACAUUCAGGAUUGAACUAUGUGGUGGCUACAGGACCAUAGGCUUAGAUGCCAUCUAGUUGUACGGCCAACAGGAGAACUUAGGAUAAUGGGUUACACAUUAGAACUUAUUCAUCUAGAAAUAUAAAGGGUUGGGGAGGGGGGUACGACGAUUUGAGGAGGGCGAGAGCUCAUAUACGCACAUUGAAUUCCCUGUCAUUAAAACUUUGUUCUCAUCCUUACAUAUGUUUGGAUAUUUAGCCAUUUAAAUCAUCCCACAUACUACGAAUGUAUUUUCAAAAUAACACUUCAUAUUUUAUUACCAGUUGGUGAAAAUCUUUCUGCUGUAGCACGUGACUCAGUCACGUGUUUCCCACACAGGUAAGUAGGAUGGCAGCAUCUAUAUAGAAUAGCAGAACCCCUUCGUAUGAAGGGGUAGACAGAAUAAUAGAACCCUUUUACCCCA